CGAAAGAUCAGAAUAUGAAUUACGAAUUUUGUAUCAAGUCUCUUGAAUCGAAUCCUCAUUGCAAAAGUGAAACAAGUAUCAAAGGAUUGGUCAUAGCAUCAACAAAGAAUGAUGCAUUCAACACGAUUAAUGUGGAAAGAAUCGCUAAAACUAUUCUCAAUGAAAGGAAAGCUUCUCCUGGUAAUAAGGCAGCGUUACAUGAGUGCAUCGAGGUUUAUAAAGAUGCUAAUAGUUCAUUAAACAAAGCUUUAACAAACACUAAAACACAUGAUUACAGAAUAGCUAAUGAGGAUCUGAUGGCUGCUUUUGAUGCACCAAGAAUUUGUGAAGAUAUAUUCAAACAAAUCAAGAAAGCGAAAUCUCUGAUUAGAGAUGAGAACAAUCUUUUUCAA